AUGAUGUAAGUUAUUUUCAAGCGUUCAGCAUUAGAGAAAAUGCAAAAAGUUCCAUCACGAGAAAACCGUUCAGCCCUAAUAUUCAAAUUCUGAAAUGUUGCUCUUGCAGGUUCGCUCCUCGCCUCAUCUCGUCCGCCGGGACUUCUUCUCCGAUGCCAACCUCAGCUCAAUCCGAGCCAAAACAGCCAGACACACCCAGACCUAAGUAAGGUUGGGUGAAUCUGGGGAGACAAUUGGUAGAAUCGCUCAACUUUUUCUCCAGCAGUAAAUCAUUUAAAAAUCAAACCUGUUUUAGUGUUUAUUUGAAGAAAAACGUCUAAAAGUUCGCAGACAUAUGAAUCGAAUCAACACAGAGUCGAUAGUCCGAUUGGUCUGUAAGUUGGACCCAAUAUACAGGGGAAAAGUAUGGUAACAUGCUUAAAUCUGUGUGUAUGCUGAAUCUCCGAGUUGGCCUUGCGCAACUGUCUUGUUACAUCCAGUCUUGACAUCCUGCUUCUCCUCAAGAGACUCACGGAGCUAUACUGGUUUUUUGGGCAGACGGACUUUCCAGACCCGUCGCUGAUCGAUAUCGAUUGCAGACGUUUCUUUUUCGCCGUUCCACUCCCUUUCGCUUUCCGUUCUAUUCGCAGAUUUGCUUCUUCUAUUGCGAAGCAUUGCCAGCGGUAAGAUCAGGGCAAUCAGAAGCUCAACGAAAAUGUGGUGCAGGUCGCCCGCUCAUUUCGUCUGACGGUACCCAAUUCACCGAUUCUCCAGAGUCAGCAAAAAAUUUGGUGAUUAGUGAGUUUUGUGUGAGCGUAGCACCUUCGAACCAUGUUAUUUAUAGCAAGACUGCCCGUCUACUGCUUCGGGAUAGUAUCCAGCAAGCUCAGCUCAAAAGUGAUAUUGUGUGCUAUCAGCUGGCUAAUUUCGAGCUGCACUCGACUCUUGUAGCGCUGGGAAUUAACGCAUUGCUCGAGUACAAGUGAGACGGUAACAAUCUUUGUUGCCUUCCGCAUAAUUUCACUCAUUUUUUCAGAAACUGAAGAAAACAGAGAGGAAGAUCCGCGUGUGCCGAGAAGAACGCUGAAGCACAUCGACAAGUGACUUCUCUCGGACCUCGAGACAUCUUGUCCUAGCACUAUUCAACACGAAAUUUUCAGAUACAAGAUUCAAAUGGCCGAAGUGCUGGUCUACCACACAUCCCGCUGGCUCAGAUCGUCGCCAGUCUCUCCCAAUUCAGAUUCCUGGACAUUUCGAGCACGUGCGUCUCCGACAUCACUUGCAUUUCGAGAUUCCGCAACCUCGAAGUGCUCAUCAUGCACUAUCUGAACAUUCUGAAGGGCGAAGUCACCGAGACGCAAUACGUUCCCCUUCGGGGCAACCGGUUUUUCUUUCAUGGUACUGCCUGCGGAAUACUGUAAAAGAACUUUCAAAAAAUACUAUUGUGCAAGGCGUAAUUUCAAGUCCUCCGGCCACCGGCCUGGGACCGCAUCGUUUGUAAUUUAAAGAAACACGGCACAUUCUGAUUGCCCAGCCUUAAGAGUUUCAGGGUUUCCAAUUUGAACACUUUGAACACUUGAACACUCUUUCGCUUUCCGCAAAAUCGUCAUAGGAAUCGCACAUAAAUUUUCGGUUUAUCACAGUGUUUAUGCAUUCCGGUCACGUAGCCCAAACAUCUCGACCAUUUUCCUUGUAUAAAAGGAGCGCUGGCUGCUCGGAAGUUACAGCAGCAAAGCAACUGAGAAAGUAAGUUACCUUGGUCUUCUCGCAAGGGAAAAAGUUAUAUUUUCAGCUUCCUGCCUACAAUGAUCAACCAAUCGACCGCUCAUCACGGAGGGGAUCCAGAUCCUGAGCCGUACGUUCCGACACCAAUUCCCAAGUAAUUGGAUCGGCCGCUGAAUAAAUCAUUCCAAAAAUGCACUUCUGAAACACAAAAAGAACACAUUGUCACUGUAAUUCGAGAACUGACCUUCGCCAUCUUUUUCUUGUUGUUAAAUCACAGAAGACGGAACAUUCUUCCACGUGUUCCUGAGAAUCGAUUAACUUAUUUUCUUCCGGCUCACUCGGAUUGUCGUCGUCUUCUUUUUCGUUCUUGAUAGCUGUCGUGUCCAUGUUUCAUUCCGAUUUGAAAGUGAUUGCAAUCGCUAGACAUAUUUUUAGUGAGGUGGUCAUUCCAGUGAGUUCGAGAAGCAGAAUAGGAUACAACAACAUCAACCUCGCGAUGGAAGACGAGUUCUCCACCAACCGCCACGGCAGAGCCUGCAUCUGCAUGCAUUCAAGAAAAGUUUCAGGCAAAAACUAUAGUUUCGAGCUCUACAUUGUUUCUCUUCUCGAGUCACUCUUCCAUCAGAGUUUUUAUUGUUCUCAUUUAGAAUUCUGAGUUCUCGUCGUAAUCUUGCGAGGGUGGUUCAAACAGCUGUGCGCAGAAUGUGUCAGCCGAUCCAUAAGUGCGUCAGUAACCGUGACCCCCCCCCCGCCAAUUUCAAACGGUCCAUAUUGAUCUUACUCAUUUUUUUUUAUGUUUACACUAAAAUUCUGCAAUUAUUAAGCACACUUUGAUUGUUUCAGAGUUCGAGGAGAACCACAACCGUCGUCGCGAUGAUUCCAAUGUCUCAAACACGUCCAGCCGCCGCAGCUCGUCAAACGACAGUACUCUGUUGCUCCACGACCAAAACACGGACAACUACGGAGUGGUGCCCACGAGCCAUCCCAGCCAACACAUGCCCUCCAUCAUCUGGACCUUCUUUCUCAUGUUCAAGUGGGACGUUAUCACUGCGAUGUUUGUCAAGCUGCUCUCGGAUAUCCUUCUCUUCUGCAACCCAAUGCUGUUGAAAUCGCUUCUUCAGUUCACGGAACACUUGGAAAGACCGAUGUGGCGAGGAUUCGUUCUCGCGUUCACCAUGUUCGGAUCGGCUGAGCUUUCAUUCAUCCUUCUCUCCCACUUCCUCUGCCUGAUGUAUCGAGUCGGAACUCAUGUACAGACGUGUCUCACAUCCGCUGUUUAUCGCAAAGUACCCUCUCUUCCACUCGGCGAAUAUAAAUGUUACCUCUAUUUUCCAGACGCUCCGUUUGUCGAACGCCGCGCGUCAUUAA